UUUAAUGGAUAUGCGCUGGCAAGUUUUUUUUACAGAGAGUUGUGGAGACCUGGAACACAUUGACAAAGGUGGUGGUGGAGGCAGAUACGAUAGUGGUGUUUAAGAUACGUUUAGAUAGUCACUUGGAAGUGAAAUGAAUAGAAGGAUAUAGAUCAUUGUAUCGGCAGAUGAAAUCAGUUUAACUUCAAACUCAGAACAAUCAUUGUGGGCCGAAGGGCCCAAUCCUGUUCUAUAUUCCAUGUCUAUGUUCUCUGUGCUUCAGCUUUAUUGUGGCUGUCUGUUGCGAUGUAGCCAACAGUGGGAUUGUUUUUCUUUCAAUCAAGCAAGGGAGAUUACCACAAUCUUGUGGCAUCCAGUGUGAAUUCACUUUAUAGUACAAAACAUUCUAUCCUUGAAAGGCCUAGACCCUAAGGAACAAACCACGUCUUAAUUUGAAGUAUUUAUGUAAAUGAGGAACCUUCACAUGUGUAAUAUCUAAGUAUAUGUAAUAUUAUUUGAAGUAUUUUUUCACUCGACUAAAUUCUGCUAAAUCAGAUGUGUAAUUCCACACAAUGAAGACCUUUUGUUUGUUUUUUUCCAGUUAAACCAUGAUGGGAAUCCAGUUUAAUAUCAGACGCUGGAGCAGCAAACAUGUUGCCAAGUGGCUAAAGGAGGAAGGCUUCAGCGAUUAUGUCGAUCUUCUGUGUAAUAAGCACAGACUGGAUGGUGUCGCCCUGUUAACUUUGACUGAAUAUGAUUUACGCUGCCCACCUUUAGAACUGAAAGUGUUGGGUGAUAUUAAAAGGUUAAUGGUAUCUAUUCGGAAACUGCAAAAACAGCACAAAGAUGUCCUGACAGAGAUGGGUUACACCAGUGACGAUUGUCCUGGUAAUGUUACAUGUGCCACAAACACUUCACAAGGCAUGGACUGCCAGUGCAAUGGCGUGGAACACUUUGGGAACAGUGGUGGUUCAGUUGGAGACACGAAUAGUGAACAAUUUCAGAAUGGUAAAUACCACAAACAUCAAACACGAAGACUUGACCCCGAAUACUGGAAGACUAUUUUGAGUUCUAUUUAUGUGUUUAUAGUCUUCGGGUUUACAUCGAUUGUGAUGGUAAUAGUUCACGAACGUGUCCCUGACAUGCAAACCUAUCCACCUCUACCAGACAUAUUCCUGGAUAGUGUUCCAAGGAUUCCAUGGGCUUUUGCGAUGGCUGAGGUGUGUGGUGUUGUGCUUUGCAUUAUCUGGUUGUUACUGCUGCUACUUCACAAACACAGGUCCAUCCUGCUUCGCCGCAUGUGUAGUCUGAUGGGGACAGUGUUCUUGCUGCGCUGUGUAACUAUGUUUGUCACCUCCCUCUCUGUACCUGGCCACCAUCUACAGUGCUCUGGGAAGUUGUAUGGAGACCAGUGGGCCAAGUUCCAAAGAGCACUGGCGAUUUGGAGUGGUUUUGGAAUGACACUAACAGGUGUCCAUACCUGUGGAGACUACAUGUUCAGUGGCCACACUGUUGUCAUCACCAUGCUCAACUUCUUUGUUACAGAAUAUACACCAAGAAGCUGGAACUUCUUGCACACCUUGUCUUGGGUAAUGAACCUGUUUGGAAUCUUCUUCAUCCUUGCUGCACACGAACAUUACUCAAUCGAUGUCUUCAUUGCAUUUUAUAUCACCACAAGGCUCUUUUUGUAUUACCACACACUAGCCAACACUCGAGCUUAUCAGCAGAGCCGAAGGGCACGCAUUUGGUUUCCAAUGUUUUCAUUCUUUGAAUGCAAUGUCAACGGUGCAGUACCAAAUGAAUAUAGUUGGCCACUUUCCAGACCAAGAUUAUUGAAGAGAUUAAUUGGAUAAGUAGUAAUCUGCCCUAACCAAUUGGUUUGUUGGACAAACAAAAGAUUAUGGAAAUAACUGGUUUUGUAUACAAGAUGUGUGUAGCCAAUACAAGCCAGAUGUAAGUGUGAAGGGGCCAAGGCCUUGAUAGUUGGCCGUAUGUAUGACUCAUGGCAAGUCACUACUUGAAAUUGUGCUUUUCAUUUGCUGCAAUAUGUCGACUCCAGCAGUUAGGAAUCCUGUUUGUUGUGGGCAGGGAAGCAAGCCACCCCCCCCCCCCCCCCCCCCCCCCCCCGUAAUGGGAUCUGUGCCUGGCUGUGCAGGUUAGGCAGGGUUUCAGUGAGUGUAUGAUGUGGUUCAUGGUGGUAUCAGGCUUGGGUUUAGGGUGAAGGGUGGGCACAGUAUCGGGUGGGAGUCAGGUCGGGUUUAGCGGUGGGGUCAGGUAUGGUGUAGAGUGGGUGUCGAGCACAGUUUGGUGGGGUUAGGGUUAGGUUCAGGCACAGUUUAGAGGGUGGUAGGGCACUGUUGGGGUGGGGUUAGGGUUAGGUUCAGGCACAGUUUAGAGGGUGGUAGGGCACUGUUUGGGUGGGGUUAGGGUUAGGUUCAGGCAGGCACAGUUUAGAGGGUGGUGGGGCACUGUUGGGAUUGGGUUAAGUUGGGCCAGGCAUGGUUUAGAGGGUGGUAGGGCACUGUUGGGGUGGGGUUAGGGUUAGGCCAGGCACAGUUUAGAGGGUGUCGAGCACAGUUUGAGUGGGGUUAAGUUAGGCCAGGCAUGGUUUAGAGGGUGUCGAGCACAGUUUGAGUGGGGUUAGGGUUAGGUUCAGGCACAGUUUAGAGGGUGGUAGGGCACUGUUGGGGGGGGGGUUAGGUUAGGCCAGGCACAGUUUAGAGGAUGGUAGGGCACUGUUGGGGUGGGGUUAGGUUAGGCCAG